ACAGGAGUGCAAAACAAAAAAAGAGGCAAAACCUGCCUCUCCCUCCCCUUCCCCCAACCUGGAUCCUUCCUGCAGACUGCGUGCAAGUCCCCCCUAGGGUCUCCUGUUCUAUAGGUGGAGGUGAUUCAAGGUGUAGGGUGGUGUGGUUUUUUUUGGGCUCUUCUAUUUCAUUUUUGGGGGAGCCCAGGUGAAAGUAUUUCUGUGUAUAUAGGUAGGGUUCUUUUUUUUUUGUAGCAUAUUGUUUUAUUUUUUUGUUACUUUUCACCAUGACUGCUGUUUCCCCGGAUUACCUGGUGGUUUUAUUCACAACAACUGCUGGGGCUAAUGGGAGUAAAUUGGGCUCAGAUGAGAAAGAGGUGAUUCAGCUGCUGUGGAAAGUCAUUAAUCUGGCCAAUAAAAAGGUGGGGGAGCUGCAUGAGGUUACAGUCAGACCUGACCACCUGGAGCUGACGGAAGAAUGUAAAGAAAUCACACAGAUUGAAACCGACGACCUCUAUGUGGCCGCACAGUUGGAACAAGCUCUGCAACAGUUUAACCAAUCCGUAGGCAAUGAACUGAAUAUUGGCGUGGGUACUUCAUUCUGUAUAUGCACCGAUGGGCAACUCCAUGUAAGACAAGUUCUUCACCCUGAAGCAUCCAAAAAGAAUAUAUUGCUCCCAGAAUGCUUCUACUCCUUUUUUGAUCUGCGAAAAGAAUUCAUGAAGUGCUGCCCUGGAUCGAGCGAUAUAAAUGAGUUGGAUGUACAUGCAAUGGCGAGCUUCUUGGGGUUUGAAAAGAAAAAUACACACUACAGAUAUGGAGCCUCAGAAGUCGAUGAUAUGGGAGAUAUAAUUGUAACGUUGAUUUCAGAACCCUACAAUUACAAGUUUUCAGACCCCGAAAGAGUAAACUACAAAUUUGAAUCUGGUACCUGCAAAUUGGAGAUGAUUGAUGAUAACACCAUUAUCAGAGCAAGAGGAUUACCGUGGCAGUCGUCGGACCAGGAUAUUGCACGAUUUUUCAAAGGCCUGAACAUUGCGAAGGGUGGAGCUGCCCUUUGUCUCAAUGCUCAGGGUCGAAGAAAUGGUGAAGCCCUUGUGAGGUUUGUAAGCGAAGAGCACAGAGACCUGGCAUUGCAGAGGCACAAGCAUCAUAUGGGGAAUAGAUACAUUGAGGUAUAUAAAGCAACUGGAGAAGAUUUUCUGAAAAUUGCAGGAGGUACCUCCAAUGAAGUGGCACAGUUUUUGUCCAAGGAGAAUCAGGUGAUUGUGCGUAUGAGAGGAUUGCCUUUUACUGCCACUGCAGAAGAAGUACUUGCAUUUUUUGGCCAGCAGUGCCCAGUUACUGGAGGAAAGGAAGGAAUACUCUUCGUCACCUAUCCAGAUAACAGGCCAACAGGAGAUGCUUUUGUGCUCUUUGCCUGUGAGGAGUAUGCACAGAAUGCACUGAAAAAGCACAAAGAAUUGCUUGGAAAGCGCUAUAUUGAGCUCUUCAGGAGCACUGCCGCAGAGGUGCAGCAGGUCCUGAACAGAUAUUCCUCUGCGCCUCUAAUCCCACUUCCCACCCCUCCCAUCAUUCCUGUACUACCUCAGCCGUUCAUUCCUCCAGUAAAUGUGAGGGAUUGCAUACGCCUCCGGGGGCUUCCUUAUGCUGCUACUAUUGAGGAUAUCUUGGAGUUUUUGGGAGAGUUCUCUGCAGAUAUCAGGACACAUGGGGUCCACAUGGUACUCAAUCACCAAGGCCGCCCAUCCGGGGACUCGUUUAUACAGAUGAAAUCGGCAGACCGGGCAUACCUGGCAGCACAGAAGUGCCACAAGAAGACCAUGAAGGACAGAUAUGUGGAGGUGUUUCAAUGUUCAGCAGAGGAAAUGAACUUUGUCUUAAUGGGGGGAACUUUAAAUCGCAAUGGCUUGUCCCCGCCGCCAUGUAAGUUACCAUGUCUUUCUCCACCAUCUUACACAUUCCCAGCCCAGGCAGCCGUUAUUCCUACAGAAGCUGCAGCUCUCUAUCAGCCCUCGCUGCUCCUGAACCCUCGCAGUUUGCAACCAUCUGCUGCCGCCUACUAUCCCGCAGGUGCUCAACUCUUCAUGAACUACACAGCAUAUUAUCCCAGCCCUCCAGGAUCUCCAAGCAGUCUUGGGUUCUUCCCAGCAUCUGCCGGUGUCAGCACAAUGCCCCCUCAUAAUACAGGUGCAAUGGUACGCAUGCAGGGGCUGGCAUACAAUUCUGGUGUAAAGGAUAUUCUCAAUUUCUUCCAAGGCUAUCAGUACUCUCCAGAAGAUGGACUUCUGCCAGUGAAUGAUCAGGCACGGGCGUUGCUUACUCACCCCAAAGAAUGGGUUUGUAUUUAGAGGAGCCCAGCGUGCCAGUGUUUGAAGAGAAGGCUUAUGAAUUCUGGAUACAUAUGUAUUGCUUGCCAAACCGGGAUGCUUUGGUCCCAUCCAUGAUUAUUCAAUCAGCCAAACGAGCACUGCAAACUCCUCACCUGAUCGGCACCUUCAAUAUCGCUCUCUGCCUGAAACUACAGGUGAACUUUGAUUGGUCCAACAGCCCUUGGAAUGGGCUUGACCGGAUGCUAGCAAGCUAGUCGCACACCUUACUCUGGUAUCUCCCUUGCCAAAACCAAGUCAAAGAACAUCCAUCCUAGCCUAAAGCCUUCUAAGGGAAUCCAAGAGACUUUCUAUUUAAACAAUAGACUUGCGGCAAAUGUGCCUUCCGUUGGAGAGGUACACUUUCCAUUUGCUGGAGAAAGCUUAGCAGCAGCAGUAACAGAAAAAAAAAAAAAAAAAAAAAAAAAAAACUAAAUAUGAAAUAAAAUAUAUAAAUAUUUAAAAAAUAUAGCAUUUAUUUUAGAACUACUGUUUAAACAUUUUUCUGCUGGAGCAAAAAUAAAAAAAAUUUUUAGAUGCCAAUUUAUUUUCUGCUUAAACAUUAAAUUUUUUGGACCCUUCCUGGGUCUGUAUUUUUUUUGUAAGAUUUUUUUUUUUUACUCAAGAAGUUGCUCAAAAUAAAACUGAUCCUUCCUAUUUCUCUGUUUUUUUUUUUUUUAAUUUGCUGGUUACACCCCUUGUAGCAGGUUCGGCUGAACUGCUUAUGUACUCUUAACAUCUGCUUUUGUGCUGCACAUCCGCUUGUUACAUUAUCCUCAUGUGCUAAGAGAUGUAUUUACUAAAUGCCACCUCCUGAUGAGUUUAGAUCUUUGGUACUUGCCUGGUACGACUAAGGAUAUCUAUUGCAAGCAAGAGAUUCCGCUGAUUUUUGUUGCAAUCUACCAUAGAAAUAUCAAAGUUGCCACUCUCCACCUGUUGUCGAGCUACGUCUACCAGCAUUCAUUUUCUGGGGAGGAUUCUGGGAAUUGUAGUACAGCAGUUGGCAGGUCAAAGGCUUAGCAACCCUAUUGUAGUUGAUGUUAACUGUGUAAUAAUGUUUGUUUUGUUACUUUCUAACGCAAAGGUUAAAGAACCUACAGUUUUGGCUUUAAGUAACCAGGUAUUUCAUGGUCUUUGUUUAAAGCACUUGAUUUUGAAAAGGGAACAGUACUUGAUAUUUGUGCUUUACUGAUGACAUGAUGUGCCUCUAUUGUAGGAAUGAAAAUCCUGCAAAAUCUUGCAAUAAAAUGAGAUUUAAAAAAAAAAAAAAA